CCAAGGGCAGGCGCCGGGACCGAGAAGGCGCACCACCUGGGUCCCAUCCGAAUCGGAUGCCUCUCUCUCAGCAGUGGGACCUGGCGUACGUCCCCUCGGCCAAAUCUUACCGGACGGACGGUAACAACGGGACACAGGCGGUCCCUCAGCUAGCCAGGCCCCCCGGCAGGGCUAUGAUUUCUUUAAAAGAAUAUGGUUCCAAUUCCUGGGAGCUCAAAGUUACAGUUGAUCAUCACAAUGGAGAAGAACAAAAAGAGAUUACCCUUCAAGUAUCAGGAGACCUUCAUGUCGGAGGGUUGAUGCUCAGGCUUGUGGAGCAAAUUGGGAUAUCGCAAGAUUGGUCAGACUAUGCCCUUUGGUGGGAGCAAAAGAAAUACUGGCUUCUGAAAACUCAUUGGACACUAGACAAAUAUGGAGUGCAAGCAGAUGCCAUACUUUUGUUCACCCCUCAGCACAAAAUUCUGCGCCUUCGCUUACCAAGCAUGAAAACUGUGAGACUGAAUGUUAGCUUUUCUUCUGUGGUAUUCAGGGUUGUUGGAGACAUCUGCAAGAGUCUUGGUAUUCGACGAUCAGAAGAACUGUCUCUGCUGAAGCCAACCAAUGAGACAAAGAAGAAAAAGAAAAAAGACAAAGACAAUGAACCAGUCAUAGAAGAUAUUUUAAACCUGCACAGUUCUCCAGUGAGUUUGGGAUUGCCAGCCAGUCCCGGCUUAUAUAGCAAAACCAUGACUCCCAUUUAUGAUCCCAUCACUGGUACGCCUGUCCCUUCCACUGUUGCAUGGUUCAGUGACAGCCCCUUGGCACAAGAGAGCUGGAGGACCCUCACUUUUAGCCCUCCUAGCUGUGGGCCAGAAACACUUGCCAAAAUGUAUCAGCCUCGAACAUUGGUCGACAAAGCAAAACUGAAUGCUGGAUGGUUAGAUUCAUCUCGAUCACUUAUGGAACAAGAUAUCCAGGAGGACGAUCAACUACUACUCCGUUUUAAAUACUAUGAUUUCUUCGAUUUGAAUGCAAAAUAUGAUGCAGUACGGAUCCACCAGCUAUAUGAACAAGCCCGCUGGGCUAUUCUGUUGGAAGAAAUAGACUGCACAGAAGAAGAAACUUUCAUUUUUGCUGCAUUGCAGUACCAUGUCAGCAAGCUGACGUUAUCAUCAGGGUCACAAGACUUCGCAGCUGAAAGUGAAACCGAUGAAGUAGAAGCGGCACUUUCCAAUCUUGAAAUAACACUAGAAGGUGCAAAAUCAGAGAACUUUCUGGAGGAUAUCACAGACAUUCCAAAGCUUGCUGAUAACCUCAAGCUAUUUAGAUCCAAAAAGCUGAUGCUGAAAGCCUUCAAGCAAUAUUGGUUUGUCUUUAAAGACACAUCCGUGUCUUAUUUUAAAAGCAAAGAAGUUGAGCAUGGAGAACCUAUCGAGAAGCUCAACCUAAGAGGAUGUGAAAUUGUCCCAGAUGUAAGUGUGUCAGGGAAAAAAUAUGGAAUUAAAUUACUCAUCCCAGUUGCUGAUGGAAUGAAUGAAAUACAUUUGAGGUGUAAUGACGAAGAGCAAUAUGCCAGAUGGAUGGCUGCUUGUGUGUUGGCUUCCAAAGGGAAAACAAUGGCCGACAGUUCUUACCAAUCCGAGGUCCAUAACAUCCUCUCGCUCCUGAAAAUGAAAAGCAGAACAGCUGCACCCCAAGACGUUUCGGAUGUAGAAAGCAUGGACGUGAAACCAGAAUGCUUCAUCUCACCACGAUAUGCUAAGAAAUACAAAUCUAAGCAGCUGGCUGCUCGCAUUCUAGAAGCCCACCAGAACAUCAUUCAGCUGUCUCUUAUGGAAGCCAAACUGAGGUUUAUCCAGGCAUGGCAAUCCCUUCCAGAAUUCGGCUUAUCCUAUUAUAUUGUAAGAUUUAAAGGAAGCAAGAAGGAUGAUCUCCUGGGGAUUUCUUAUAACAGGCUGAUUAGGAUAGACACAGCUACUGGGGACCCAAUUACAACAUGGAGAUACUCAAAUAUGAAACAAUGGAAUGUGAACUGGGAGAUACGGCAGGUUGCCAUUGAGUUUGAUCAGAAUGUAUCUAUUGCUUUUGCUUGCUUGAGCGCAAAUUGCAAGGUGGUUCAUGAAUAUAUUGGCGGCUAUAUUUUCCUGUCAACCCGUUCCAAAGACCAGAAUGAGACAUUGGAUGAAGACUUGUUCCAUAAAUUAACUGGCGGAUGGGAAUGAAAGGAAACAAGAAGCUUUUGCUGGACUACAUAGGAGAGCAAGAGGUGAUUGUGCUCACCAGGAUGGCUCCUUGGUACCCUGAUCCUGCCUGACUCCUGUAAUAAAAGUAGAUAAAGAGGAAGCUGGCAUAUUACUAAGCAAAGCAUCAGCCUUUGGCAUCAUAUUUAUGGACAACAAGCACUUCCCCCUUGGCAGCCAUUUGUGAGUCUGCCCACAAGAUGCUUUCAAAAUUCCAGAUGUGGCUCUCCACACAGUUUGCCUAUCCCUGGCCUAGGGUAAACAGGACUUCAGAAAUAAAGAUGGAGAGCUCUUCACAUUACUGAUCAAAAUCAGUGUUCAACUAUUGUCAUUACUCCAUGGCCAUUUGUGGGAGGUGAUGGUGGAAAGAGACUGAAUUACAUAGGGAAGGUUAUAUCAGAUGAAGCCCUCACAAAAUUCCAUGAAUAACACAAACUAAUUGCAUAAUAGAAGUCUCUUCUGAAAACAUUCUAGCAUGCCAAUACAGCAAACUCUGAAGCACAGUCCAGUUGCCUGUUCCUGCUCCCUUCUGCACACCACUCCUGUCUACUCUGAGUCACUGUUCCCCUGCAGCCUUUCAGUCAACGGAGUUCAAUGUUCUAAAGAGAGCUGCAUACUGCCCAACCAGUCUUCAUGCAACACAAGUAACUAUUUGUGAGAAGUAUAUUCUCCUUAUGGAAAUAAUGUUUUACCCUUUGCACUAGUCUGGAACAGUGGAGAAGAAAAACUAACCAAAACUCAAGUGUGUCCUGCUUGUGAAAGAGCUUGUGAAAAUAAAGCAUCUAUGGAAGCUCGUUCUUAGAGAUACAGGAAUUCUUAUGCCAGCUGAUUCACAGUAUGUUGUAGACUUUCAUUGGCGUUAAUAGAUUGUCUUAGACAAACUUUCUGGAAAAGCUCCUGCUCUCAAGGGAUUUCGGUCAAUAUUCAAUUACUGAUACGUAUUUUGACACAAACAUGGAACAAUGUUUUUGCUUCCAUUCCUCAUGACUGGCUUUUCAGUGGUUGUUACAGUGAAGAGGAAGAGAAGCAAGAACUGUCUAUACAUGCUGAGAAGGAAGGGAGGAAGCCAUUUUCUGGUUCUUUAAGGCUUAAAUACAUACCAGUGGCCUCCGUGUGGCUGGAUUCCAGUUCCUAUUGGUGACCAUUGCACAUGCUUGCUGGGGCUUAUGGAAGUUGGAAUCCAGCUGGGAGAGGAAUGCACAACUCAGGAGAAUGGAUCUCAUAUGGCAGAAGUAAGGGGUGAGUGAGUGAGUGUACAUGUGUAGGAUGGGAGAUCAGUUUCCUUGUUUUUCAGCAUCACAAGUUUGCCUUGCUAUGAAUUGGGUGUCUUGUGACUGGCUUCACACACUAUAGCAGCCAUUUUGUGAAUAAGUAUAUUUCCCACAGCAGAUACUCUGGAGUUGGCCUUUUUCAAAAUUUUAGAUGUGUCCUUUGCUUCAAAGAGUUCGAGAAUCCAGUUCAUUUUAAUAAAAAAAACCUUUUGUUUUGUUUCUAUUGUAUCUGGUAUUUUUGUACAUUUUUAUUAUCACUUUUUUUUUUACUAUAAAAUGCUUCAACAGUUUCUGUAUUUUGUAGAUUGUGCAGAAUAAUGAUUAAAAAGUAGCUUUAUUAAGUUUUC